UCUCAGAUUCUCGCUCACUUGUUUGUUCAGGGUCUGUAGAAAAUGAAGCCGGUGAUAGGUACGGUGGUGUCGAACAAGAUGCAGAAGUCGGUGGUUGUAGCCGUGGACAGACUCUUCCACAACAAGCUGUACAAUCGCUACGUCAAGCGUACUUCCAAGUUCAUGGCUCACGACGAGAAGAACGCCUGUAACAUCGGCGAUCGAGUGAAAUUGGAUCCUUCGAGACCUUUGAGCAAGCAUAAGAAUUGGAUUGUUGCUGAAAUCAUAAAGAAAGCAAGAAUCUAUUCUCCACAGGCUGCUGCUGCUCUCAAUUUCUCAGCUGCGAAGGCUCCCUCUGAGUCUUCGAUUCCCCCUGUUUCAUCUUUUUAAGCUGAUUGCUAUGUGUGUGGAUUGUAUCAGACUUCUUCUUGGUUUUGAGUCUUAUUUGCAAGUUCAGUAUGGUGUGUCUCUUGGCACCUUAGGUAGUUCCAUUGUUGAGGAACGUCAUGUGACUUUGCUGUUUCUGAAAAAAUAAGUUAUCUGACAUUCGGCAUAUGUGGCAAUGAAGCUUUGUUGGGCA